AACAAAUUAAAAAACGUUACUUUUGUGGGGAAAGGGAGCACUAUCUUAUAAAUGUGACGGUACUGCGAGUACGUGUAAUGACAAUUGGAGAUAAAAAAUAAGAAAUGCAGUUACCUACAAUAUUUUACAGGAAUACCAGAUGGACCAACAACCCAAUAUCGUAACAAGACAAACAUGUUUAUGUUUAGCUUCAAGAUUUUUGACCUGGGAUAUAAGUACGGUACUUGGAACUAUCUGGAAGCGGGGCACGGCAAGGGAGCAGCCGAUGGAAUUGGGGCGACCGUCAAGCGCACUGCAGAUAGUUUCGUGCUAACAGGACAUGAUGUGAAAUAUGCAGAAGACUUAAAAUGUGCUUUGAAUGGCUCAAGUAUUCAUGUAUUCGUGGUUACAGAAUCAGACAUCAUUCAAAUUGACAAAGCACUUCCUAUGGCGGCGGAAAUCAAAGCAGUUCCCCAGACAAUGAGAAUCCACCAGGUUACGACAAACCAGCCUGGCAUAAUUCGAACAAGAGAAGUGUCGUGUUUCUGUAACCGCAUCGAUUCAAGUGGAUGUGACUGUUUCAAUCCAGUUAUCACGGAGUUUGAAAAGAAAAGAUCACCAGAUUCUCAAUCACAUGGCACCGGUGUUUCUGCUGAAACAAAUAUAGACACAACCUCUGACAACAUACUCAGAAACGAGACGAUGGCCAAUGCCUCAUCUACCGAUUUUGUGGUCAAUGUGGAUAUACCGGAAGUUGCUUCUGUCGACGCGUCAGGGGAUAAAGGCACACCGGACAACUCCGCCGAAAAAGCUGCGCCAGGACUUCUGAAACCAGUGGUAACUGUAGAUCAGCAUCUCAUUGGCCAAUACAUCGUUGUAGAGUACGACGGGCUGCCUUAUCCUGGAGAAGUUUUAGAUGUUGACGAGGAAGAUCUUGAAGUUAAGGUUAUGCACAAGAUUGGAAAGAACAGGUUUUUCUGGCCGUUACUCGACGACACUCUGUGGUAUUACAAAGACAAAGUUGUCACGAUACUGGACGGUGCUCCUGUAAGGGUGACUGGGCGGCAUUGUAAAAUAAAUCAUGAUGUUUGGGACCAAAUUGUAGACAUUCUGGACUUAUGA